CGGUCACAUGGACAGGAUGUGUAUCGGCGCAGAGCCCCGCCCCUCCCGGAAGAGCUAGGAGACGCACGUGGAAGGAUGGAGGUGGUAAAGGAAAGCGCUGCAGAUUUGGAAGGGAGCUCUGAUUUUGCAGAUGAUAGCUUCUCAUCUGAUGAAGAUGUCGGUGAGCCCGAAGCCACCAAGAAUGAGUCGGAGGACAAUGUUGAGCCUGAUGAAGAUCCGAACAAGGGCUGGGCUGAUGCCAUGGCCAAAAUUCUUAACAAAAAGAUUCCGGACAAAGCCGGCACUAUACUGGUGAAGAGCAAAGCCCUGGAGAAAGAGAAGGCGCGGGAAAGGCUCGAGAAGUUGGAAAAGAGGAAAGAGAUUGAUAAGAAGCGACAGUGGGAGAUGAUGUGCCGAGUGAAACCAGAUGUGGUCAGAGACAAAGAGGUGGAGAGGAAUCUGCAGAGAAUCGCCACCAGAGGUGUCGUACAGUUAUUUAAUGCCGUCAGAAUUCAUCAGGGUAAAGUAAAUGACAAGCUGAAAGAAGCUGGAGGCUCUGAAAGAAAGAGAAGUAAACUGAUGUCAUCUGUGUCAAAGAGAGAUUUCAUUGAUGUUCUGCGAGGGAAAGAAAGCAAAAGUGAACAAAAAGGGAAAAAAGAAUCUAAGAAGAAUUUCAUAAAAUCAGAGGACACUUCAGAAUGGAACAUCCUUCGGGACGACUUUAUGAUGGGGGCAUCCAUGAAGGACUGGGACAAGAACAGCGAGGAUGACGAGGCUGGCGCGGGGGAGGAAUAUAGCGGAAGUGAUUCAGAUAGAUAACAAAGUUCUGCGGAAGGUCUAAAGAUAAUUCCUUAUCUGUGGAGCUGACUGGGAUAAAGUCUUCAUUCGGAGAAUGCAUGGCAUUUUUCACAUUUCACAAAUACCAUUUUUUUUUUAUAAGUAAAGAAACCGAACAAAAAAAAUGAUGAGAACUUUCAUUCUCCUGGCCUUGGGAAGCCUUUAAUCCUGAAAUAUUUUCCAAAAUGUCUAAUUUUUCAACCUAUUUUUCCAAAACAUCUUGUGCAGUCAAAACAGUGGCACCUGCCCAGUUCGGCGAGGGGAAGCGCCAGAGGUCACUCACUUUGCUUCCGUCACCCUGAUGGAUAUCCUGGCUCAGAAGACUUUGCCCGCGUUCUGUUGCUCAGCCCCCCUAGCGCCUGACAGGAGUGCGGCCGUCUCUUCCGGCCCGUCACCUUGUGUGGUGUUUAGAAUCUCUCCUCUUGCUGGCAGAGACGAGAGGCCCUGGCUGAGUUUAAAACGGAUUCCAGCGCCGCUUUUGAAAAGAGUUCUGCUCGAAAAUAACUACUUGGCUUUCACUUAUGUCUCUCCAAGGUUAGCAGGAGCAGAAAACAGUUUAAGGAUUCUUUAUCAAAGGGUGCAGCGCAGCCCCUUCCAAAAAAUAUACCUUUUCGGGAGGUUGUAGGGGGGGAGGUCAGUCUGUACAUGUACAGUUGUCAGCUCGAAUAAAAGACACGGCUACUGUGGAUGGCAGAGGAAUAUGUCCAUGUGUGUGUGUUGGAGGGGGGCGAGUAUAAAGGCAGCUAUUGCUAACGUUUGUUAUUAAAUGCUGCUGAAACCCGC